AUGCUUGAUCUCUCGGCGCAGAAUGGAUGGGCCAUUGGCUUUGCUCAUCUUGACUCGACCUCGCUCGAGCCCAUGUCGAUGACUGGCGGCUUUGGCUCGAACUCGGGCACGGCUGGCGGAAACGGAGCUGGCAACCAUAACCAGGGCCAUCUCUCGGCAGAUGACAUGAUGGACGGUUUCACGCUGGUGGACAUUGUCAAUCAGGCGCCGGUUGCGUUUGACUUUCGCACCCGGUCGAUCCGGCUCUCGCCGCCGCCAGCCGAGGCCGGCUCGAGAGUCAUCGACGACGAGCCGUUUGAGCUCAUCGACUUUGUGCCCAAGCUCGAGCAGGGCAUCGAGGGCCUGACCAUGCUCUCGGCAGGCUCGCACCACGAGGGGCAGGCAGCGGCGACACCGACGUCAGGGGUGCCUGUCGGGCUUGCCGGCAUGAGCGCGGCUCCCGCUCUGCAGGCGGCGCCGAUGCACGUCGCAGCGGCGGCGCCAAUCGUGCCCUUGGAGCUUGGCGUCGCGGGCGGGAGCUCGCGCAAGCGCAAGCGCAAGCGAUCGUCGAGCAAGCCGACAACACCACAGAGCGUUGACGCGACCCGGGCACGCGUGCGCGCUGCUGCGUCGCAGGUUCCGGGCGUCACUUUUGUGCCCGACGAGAUGCCGGAGCUUGACGUUGCGCUCGCAUCGUCCACCUCGCUCGCCAACGUCCGCAUCUGCACAAGCGACCUCUCCAAGAAGGACGCCGACAAGUUGCGCAAAAAGAAGCAUAACGACGUCGAAAAGCAGCGCCGCGUCCGUGAACGCAUCGUCAUGUCCAAGCUCACUGACCUUGUCAGACCGUUCCUAGGCCUCAACCCCACCGCCAAGCCCAUCAAGCUUGACGUCCUUGAAGGCGCCGCAGACUUUAUCGAGCAACUACUUUGCGAGCUACCACCGGCCAAGCGGGCACAUCUCCUUCAGUAA